AUGGCAUCUCCGUAAUAAUCAGACGACUCUGACUGUGAAUAUCUAGAUAUCGAGGAGGUUACUCUACGUACAUCAAGACUAAUGGAGAUGAAAAUUGAUAGAAAUAUUGAGAUUAAGGAUGAAAGUCCCUUGAUAAGAAACAAAGGUUAAGCUAUAAAUGAGCAUAAAUAACAACUAAUCGUCUCUAAAUUUUUUAAGGACCCUAGAGUAAUAUAACUCAUGAGCAUUGAAGAAUCUAAAAUUAAAAAAGAAGAAAAGAGGAAAUAAAGUUUAAUAUCGAUACAAGACAGCAAAUUCUCCCUUUAAUAGAAUCAAAUAGCUCAGGAUGAGAAUGAUUAGAAUUCGAUAAAUAUUGAAGAUAAUAAUCAAAGUGAUAAAUAGAGUUGCAUUUCAAAUAGUAACAAUAUAAAUCUUAACAAUCAUGAGAUUGUCAAUCAAUGCAGGAAUUUAUCAGCAAAUAUCUCACCAUUGCUCAAGGACUCAGACAUCUAAUUAGCAAGGAUUCAAACUGAUAUUAACAAUGUAUUAGCCUCAAAAGAUCAAUAACAAUCUACACAGAAUAAGAGGAAAAGAUUCAAAGAGAGAUCUAGGUAAAAUCAUUCUCAGAUAGUGAAUUCCAAAGAAGAUUCUUCUUAAUUGAUGCCUGCAAGGAGUUAAUUAAUCUUAAAGAAGGCAAAAAUCAUAAAGCAAGUGAGAAGAAUUUCAAAUAAAGAUCCAAAGAAAUAAAAAGAAAAAGAUAGCGCGUCUCCAAUGAACAGAAUGGACAGCACAAUCCCAUUCACUACUGCAAUGAGUUCUUCUGUGUUUUAAAUGGCUCACACUUCUAAUCUGAAAGCAUCACCUUAUAAAUUCAAAAGUUCUAAUACCUGCUAGAGAAAUAAUCUAAAAGGAAUAUCAGAAACAAAAUUAGAAUUCAAUUAGCAUCAAAAUACAUUUAAAAGCUGCUAAACCAAGUAGAAAAUGACAUCGAAUGAGUAGCAGUUUCAAGAUGAUGAAUUUAGGGAUGUCCCAUUCUUUCCUGAAAUGAUAAUGCAAGACUUUUUUGAAAGGAAAAAGAUACUAACAGAGUUGAAAUCAAUUAAUUAAACAUUCAAUCUAAUAAAGAGAAAAGCAGACUUAAAUUUGAAAAAUUUAGAAGUAUAUGAUACUAAUUAUCCUAAGAAAGUUUAACAUUAGAAGACAAUUAUAUUCGAUAUGGAUGAAACUAUGAUUAAAAUAUAAAAGCGCCAGUAUAAGCUUCCUUUCUUUGACUCUAUAAUCAAAUUCAAGUAAUAUGGUGUGAAAGAAGUAAAAGUAAUCAUUUGUCUUAUUUUGAUUUUUGGCUAUUAGGUAUUUAUUUAAUUCAGACCUUAUCUUAGACAAAUGUUGAAAAGAUUAUCUCAGCAUUUUGAGUUGAUAGUUUACACCAGUGGUGAAGCUGAAUAUGCAAAGUCAUGUAUUAAUGCUAUUGAGGGUAAUGAGUCCUACUUCCAAUAUAGAUUAACUAAGGAUAAUUGUGUUAAGAUUUAGGAGUUAGGAUAUCAUGCAAAAGAUUUGAGGCUAUUAUAAAUAGAUAGAGAUUUAAAAGAUAUGAUUAUAGUAGACAAUUAAGUCACUAACUUCAUGCUUUAGAUUCAUAAUGGAAUACCUAUAAAGGAGUUUUAAGGUGAUAAGUCUGAUUAGGUGCUUAAAAGCUUAACACAGUAUCUCUUAUCCUUCAAAGAUAUAAAGGAUGUCAGAAAAAAAAUUCAUAAAGAUUUCGACUUAAUAAGUUUAAUAGAGAAUAAAACAUCUCAAGAUUCUUUGAAUUUUGGCAAUUUUUGA